AUACUUUUAUGGGCGUUGAAACGACAACCCACAUUUUCCCAAAAAAUUUUCUUCCUUGACUACUCUGAAUAUAUUUCUAUUAAAUUCAUUUUUGUAAAAUUUGAUCCUAAUUUAAGUGUAGAAAAUGAUAACAGCUCGGAACCGGUUUACACAAGGUUGUAGUUGUAUGAAGUAUUAUAACAAUAAUGGAGACAAAGUAUUCCAAAAGUCUAAAAGAAAUAGAGGAAUGAAAGCUAGCGGUGUGGUUCUUGUUGCAGUUUCUACUGUUGCUUUGACUAUUAUUUUAUCUAAUGCGAUACAUCAAUCUUACAAAUCAAAUUCAAAGCCUCUUCCUAAAUUAUCAAUUGCAACAAAUAUCAAACAACUAAUCAACGUUGACAACAUUCGCUCCAAUCUUCAUUCGCUUACUAAAAAACCUCAUGUGGCCGGAACAGAAAAUAAUUUACGAGUGGCUGAAAUGAUUCGAGAUCAGAUGAUCACUCAAGGACUCGAAAAUGUGCAUUUCAAUGAGUACAAUGUAAUGUUAUCAUAUCCGAAUUGGACAACUCCCAACAUUAUUGAAAUACUGAAAGAAAAUAGAGAUUUGGUUUUUAGUACAACUGGACGGAGUGUUUCAGUUAUUAAAGAAGAACAAAAUGAUCCACUGGCUGAAAUUCAGUGGCUCGCGUAUUCAGCAGCAGGCACAGUCGAAGGAGAUAUAGUAUAUGUGAACAACGCUAAUCCAAGCGAUAUUGAAUAUUUAGAGUCGUUAGGAAUUGAUCUCAAGGAUAAAAUAUUUCUGGCAAGGUAUAGUUCUAAUUACCGAGGGAAUAUUGCCCAAAUGGCUGUAAAGAAAGGUGCAAAAGCAUGUCUUGUUUAUUCGGAUCCAAAACAGGUAGCCAGUUUGGGAACAGGGCCAAAUGAAACUUAUGGAAACACAGACAAAAUGCCGUCAAAUACAGUCCAGAUGGGAUCAGUCUACAUUGGCCUAGGUGAUCCACGAACACCUGCGUUCCCAUCAAUCGGAGAUCUUUUCAAAGAGAAAACUGAACAAGAUUUGUUAGAUGAAAAGAAAAUACCUACCAUUCCCAUGCUCCCAAUUACAUAUGCCACAGCACAAAUAUUAUUUGAGAAUAUGAAAGGCGAUGCAGUGAAUGCAGAUUUUCAAGGAAAGUUAAAUGUUACAUAUCGUUAUGGACCUGGCUUGAUAAACAAUCAGAAACUUCGUGUUACCGUUCAUGCUGAAAACGAAGAACGAAAAAUUCAAAAUAUAAUGGGAUAUAUCAAAGGAAGUCAGGAACCGGACAAGUUUGUUCUAGUGAGCAAUCAUUAUGAUGCUUGGACUUAUGGGGCUGUUGAUCCAAACAGUGGAACAUCUACGCUUUUAGAAGUUUCCAGAGCGUUGAAACAAUAUCAAAAUCAAACCGGCUGGAUACCAGCGCGAUCAAUUCUGUUCGCUCAUUGGGAUGCCGAGGAAUAUGGUCUGAUAGGAUCCACUGAGUUUGCGGAAGAAUACCGUCUUCAAUUAAUGAGAAGAGCAGUUGCAGUUAUUAAUAUGGAUCUUAUUGGUGGCAACCAGACUUUACUUGGGUUAUCGAAUCCUACCGUCGCCAAUGUUCUCCGGUCUGCAGCGGCAAAUGUUGAGCAGCCAAAUCCGACAGAAAUGGAACAAGGGAGAAAAACACUAUACGAUUCCUGGAAAUACUAUGCGCCAUCAAAGAACAAUCGAUCAACCCAUCCUUAUCAAAGAAUCCCCGCUGGUGGAAGUGAUCAUCUUCCAUUUUUUGAUUAUCUUGGAAUCCCAAUUGUCUUUUUCAUCACUUCAUCCCUAGAUGCACCUCCAACUUAUCCACUGUAUCAUACAAUUUAUGAAACACCAUAUCUGAUUGAAAAUAUUAUGGAUCCUGGCUACAAGGUUCAUAAAGCCAUUGCCGGGAUGUUUAUAGAAUGCAUUUUGAAGUUUACCGAGAGUAAAAUCCUUCCUUAUGAUCUGAAUGAACUUAUGGAUGACUCGAUCUUUGAAUAUUUGCCAAAACUAGAAGAUCGUCUAAAUAAAACGUUAAUGAUUGGAACUAAGACUGAUUAUUUGCUGGAUGCACAGAAACAGUUCAAACUGUUACAAAAAACAGUUUUGGAACUUUCUGAGAUCGUACAAAGAAGAAAUGUCUCGAAACUUGAAGAGCUACCAUUCGGCAGUAGAGUGGACAUAAAUAAUCGGCUUAUCGAAUUUGAAAAAUGUUUUAUAAACCCACAUGGGGCAAUUGGAAAUCCUCAAGCUCGACAUGUAUUGUUUCAUCCAAGCCCUGAUAAUUGGUAUGAUGGAGAUGCAAUUUCACAAGUUCACGAUUUGAUAUCAAAAAUUAGCAAUUCGACAGACAGCAAGGAGUUGGGAAAAUUGUCGAGACAACUAGCAAAAGAAAUUGCUCUAGUUAAUGUUGCUUACAUAUGUGCCAAACAUUCCCUCGGCGAAUUUUUCACAAUGUGAUCACGUUUGAUAGACUCUCAGAGUAAUAAUUAUUUAAAUGUCAACUUUUUAAAGUGUAAGGUGGAGUAGUGCAAGUGGGGAAAGUGUUUAAAUGGUGAAAAUGACCAAAAAUAAUUGCAAA